AAAAUCCUUCUUUAACUUGUCUUCUUCCCUUCAUCUACACUGAUUGAAGUGGAUUAAACAGGUGGCAUCAAUAAUGGGUCUUAGACUAUCCAGAUGAAAGCUAUUACAUGGAAAGAGCAGGCAUCCUAAUGUUUUGUGAGCUCAGUGUUUAUGUAUGUGCCUUAAAAACCCCAAGAGAAUAACCUCUUAAUGUUAAUCAGCUAUAGUUAAUGUAGUAUGCAUUAGUUACUUGAAAUAUAUAAUUCAAUUAAGUUUAUUUUAAGUUUACAUGAAUCUCGUUGCACUCUCUACCUGGUCAGGCCAGUGAUAAUUAUACCCAUUUUGAAGGGCUGUUGCAGUCUUAUAUUUACGGUAGUACAUAUUUAUGUCACGUGUUGAAGGGAAGCGCGAUUGUAAUUGCGCACGCAUCUCCCACAAGCAGUAUUGUUGCAAUUUGUCAACAUCUACGGAUUGUUUGUUGCACAUUAGCUUGGAAAUUGGAGACUUUACUUCACACAGAGAAUACAAAUUCUGUAAUUUGGACUGAACAAGAUGGCCAGCUGCAAUUUUCAGGCGCAGUUGAUAUCCAUUAUGGAGGUAUUAGCUAAAGCAGCUGUAGCAGAAAUAAACAAACGAGUUGAUGAUAGCUGUGCCGUUAUACGUUUGGAAAUGACCCAAAGCCAGCGAGAUAUUGAUAUACUGAAAAGGAAGUGUCAAAUGAUGGAGGGCGAGCUGAAGAAUACACGAGUCAGGAGAAAAGUUUUUUACCCCAUGACAUCAGCAAGAUCUUCAUAUCCAGCCAAGAUUGUUUUGAACAAGCAGAGGAGUAACUCACAGUGGAGAGAUGGAGAGAUGGCUGUUGAAGAGGACUCUCAACCCAAGCCUACAUAUGUGGAGCAGAGAGCGGAGACUGAACCCAUACUGAUCAAAGAUGAGGAGACAGCAGAGGACAUUUGGAAGACUGACCCUCAGGAAGAGCUCAGGAUCACUGGAGAGGAGUCUGGUUCCAAGCCUGGGCAACCACCAUCCUUUGAGCAACGGCACUUUGAUGUGGACUUCAUCACACAACCCAACAUAUCUCCUGAAGACUCAGUGGAACAUUGCCCCAAUUCUGAUGGUCCAGAGGAACCAGGCACACCCCGGCUCACUUCUGCAGAGAAAUCAAAGGUGUUCAGCACAGAGCAACACCAGCCAGCCGAGGAUGAGGACUCACAAGAGCUAGUGAUGGUGAAGGAUGAGAAAGAGGAGGAGCUGGAUCAGACCACAACCCUGGCAGGACCUGACCAGUUUGUCAUGGAUGAGACUGAUGGGCAGCUGUGGACCUCUGUGGAUCCAGGCAGAGACACUGACCCUGAUGGCCACCCAAUUUUCUCAUUUCAUGCCUCAGAAGAGUACUCUCAGAAUAUCUCUUUUUUCCCAUCUCAUUGUGGGCUGCCAUCCGUUCCUACUAUGACAGAUGAUGUAGGGCCAUCGCUUCACUCUAUACGGAAACCACAUGCUAACAUGUUCAGUGCAGCAGCACACAUGAAAAGACAUGUCAGGACAUUGGCUGAUGAGACAAGACAACAGAUGCUGGAAGAACAGAGCAGUGAGAUGCUGAACUCAAAUAAUGAUGGAAAUAGUUUAGCUCUACAGCCAAGGCAGCAUCAGUACAGGGCUUCAGAAUCAACAGUGAGAAUGAGUGAGUGCAUGACCGGGUCAAACAUGGCCACCACCUCCACCUUCUCUGGAUACAGCCUGAGUCGCAGUAGUUUUAACAUGGUGAAGAGGAUGAGGACUCGGUGGAGGUCGGGCGGCACCACCGAGAAGCGUUUCAGAGAGAAACCGCACACCUGCGAACAGUGUGGCAGGAGUUUCACCAAGCAGUGGAACCUGAUCAGACAUGCUGUGGUCCACAGCGGGGAGAAGCCAUACGAGUGCACACAGUGUGGGAAAUGCUUCACCCGGCGGUCCAGUAUGAAUUCACAUCAGAGAACUCACAUAGGAGAGAGUCCAGUCUCUCAAAAUGUUGUACCCCGAUACCCCUUGGAUCCACACACAAGUGUUAUGUUGUCUCAGACCAGGUGGAACAAAUAGGGACAUAAUUGCAUACGUUCUAUGUGAAAACGUGUUACAGAAGGUAUAGAGACAUUUUACAAUAUUUUUCUCCCAAUUGAUUUGUGAAAUGCUUUGUCUGUUGAUGGCUCCUCACUUUCAUUUUAACAACCUAUUUACAACUGGUAAUGUGUUUCUGCCCAACAAAAUUAUAAACAUGUUAUAUUCAUUAAAAAUGAUUUCAUGAAAAA